AUGACUAUCAACGGCAUCACCACGACUGCACCCAGGCAACGUGCAAGACGUGAACAACAGGAGACGCUUCCACCACACAAGUACUACGAGAAUCAAUCUACCUUGGUCCAACAUCUGCGUGGGGAAGCUCAUGAAGAUGGCCUCUAUUCUUCGUUCAUUCCCAAUCUCACGGACCUUGCCGCAUUCCGCGAGCGGCAUGAGUCCAUCGCGACUGGCGAACAGCUGAGAGACAUCGAGUAUACAAUGCGUGGUCGCAUUAUCACAAUCCGCAGCGCAGGAGAGCGUCUGCGCUUUUACGAGGUUCAGCUGGGCGAGGAGAAGAUGCAAGUUGUAUGCCAGGUCACGGAGUCAGAUGACAUCGCAGCAUACAAGCAGCAACACGAGCACCUCGCCAGAGGAGACCAGAUCGGUGUAACCGGUCAUCCAGGUCGUACAGCACCACGCAACCGACCCGUAGGCGAACUAUCUCUCUUCGCGCAUCAGGUUAUCCUACUAGCACCAAGCCUACACAUGCUACCCAAGACGCUCACAGAUGCUGAGACACGCCAUCGCGACCGACCUCUCGACUUCAUUACCAACCGACGCAGCCGCGACAUGCUGCGAACCUGGGACGCCAUGGAAGCUUACAUCGCCAGCUUCCUCCGCAGCCGCGGUUACAUCUCAGUUGUAACACCCAUUCUCUGCCAUCAAGCCGGCGGUGCAGCAGCCAAGCCCUUCAUCACUCACCACAACGAUCUCAAGCGGGACAUGUAUCUACGAACUGCAACGGAACUUCAUCUCAAGCCCCUGGUUGUCGGCGGCAUCGAUCGCGUGUUCGAAAUUGGACGGGUAUUUCGGAAUGAAGAUAUGGAUCUGACACAUAAUCCCGAGUUUACGAGUUGUGAAUUCUACCAGGCGGAUGCAGAUUAUGAGGUCAUGAUGCAGGUGACGCAGGAGAUGAUCUCUGGGCUGGUGAAGAACGUGACCGGGAGCUAUGUCACUAGGUUUACAAAUCAGACUGGGGAAGAGAGGGAGAUCAAUUGGGAGGGGCCGUGGGAGCGCAUUGAAAUGAUGCCUGCUCUGGAAGCUGCGUGCGGUGUCAAGUUUCCCCCGGCGUCUGAACUCCAUACUGAGGAGAGCCGACAAUUCCUCUUAGGACUCUUGAGCGGUCGUAACGUCGUUUGUUCGCCUCCGCACACGAACGCCCGCUUACUCGACAAGCUCGUUGGCGUAUACAUUGAAUCGCGCAUCACGAAUCCAACAUUCAUUAUGAAUCACCCCAAGCUCAUGUCGCCCCUCGCGAAGACGCAUCGCUCGAUACCUGGUCUUACGGAACGCGCGGAAGUUUUCGUGUGCGGAUUUGAGAUUUGUAAUCUCUAUAGCGAACUCAACGAUCCGUUCGAACAGCGAGAUCGCUUCAUGGAACAAGCAAGGCAGAAGGAUCAGGGGGAUGACGAAGCGCAGGGUAUUGAUGAGGAGUUUAUCAAGGCGCUGGAGUACGGGAUGCCUCCGACGGCUGGUUGUGGGCCGGGGCUAGAUCGUAUCAUGAUGUUCUUGACGAAUAACUAUACGAUCAAGGAAGUUCUGGCUUUUCCUAUGAUGCGAGAGGAAGCGAAGAAGGGUGGUAGUGCGGCUUCUGGGACUCAGACUGAGAAGACUAUGCAAAGUCAGGCGGAGAAGGCGGCAGAAAAGCGACAGCAGCUUCUCGCGCUGAGAGCGCAAACGACAGCGCUAGAAGCAGAGAUCGCGGCGCUGGCCAUUGACUAG